UGUACGAAAAGAAAGCGAGGAGGUAACAAGGGAGGUAUAAAAAAUCACAGGCGCGGAAGUAGAAACAACAGCUGAGAAGAGGGCUUUCUUCAUCUUCUCUCAGACCAGGCGCUCUAUUUUCUUCGCGUUGGAUUUCUAGCGGAGACUAGAGAAAUGCAUCUGUAUAAUGCUUGGCUUCCUCCACCAGUUGCCGAACAAACGAAGAAAGAGAAGGAUUCAUUCGCCUAUGUUGUGAGGUCUGUGAAGGAAUUAUGGCGACCGGAUGAUCCCGACUCUGUGUAUUCGACGCUCAAAUGGAUCUCAGUCAUUGACCUUUUCGUGAAGGCUAAAAGUGACUUGCCCUUAGAAGAUGUGGGGAUACUUGUGGAUGUUGGUUUAGAACUGUUUCUUAUAUCACAAAGCAAGCUUUAUGCCCAGGUUAGAUGGGGAAAUAUUCUUGUCAAAUUACUGAAUAAGUAUGGAAAAAAAUUGUCCUUGAAAGUUCAGUGGCGACCUUUCUACGAUACAUUAAUACAUACACACUUCACAAGGGAUACAGGUCCCGAAGGGUGGAGAUUGAGACAACGACAUUUUGAAACUGUGACUUCCCUGGUUAGAACAUGCCGGAAGUUCUUUCCAUCAGGCUCUGCAGCUGAAAUAUGGUCUGAGUUUAGAUCACUGUUGGAAAAUCCGUGGCAUAACUCGUCCUUUGAAGGUGCUGGGUUUGUGAGAUUGUUUCUUCCUACAAAUUUGGACAACCAGGAUUUCUUCACACAUGAUUGGAUCAAACAAUGCAUGGAUCUGUGGGAUUCCAUACCAAAUUGCCAAUUCUGGGACAGCCAAUGGGCUGCUGUUAUUGCUCUUUGUAUAAAGAACCACAACUUUAUCAACUGGGAAAGUUUCUUACCAGUGCUUUUCACUCGAUAUUUGAAUAUGUUUGAGGUUCCUGUUGCAAAUGGAAGAGGUUCAUACCCUUUCUCUGUUGAUGUUCCAAGAAAUACAAGGUUCUUAUUUUCCAACAAAGCAGUUAUUCCAGCCAAGGCCAUUGCUAAAUCAAUUGUUUACUUACUAAAGCCCGGGAGUUCGGCACAAGAAUAUUUUGAGAAAUUGGUCAACCUACUAGAACAGUAUUACCAUCCAUCCAAUGGUGGUCACUGGAGUUACUCAUUAGAGCGUUUCUUGCGGUAUUUAGUAAUUACCUUCCAAAAACGUCUUACACAUGAGCAACAGAACAUGGAUGAAAAGAGACAGGCUGAACUGUAUCUGGGAAGUUCAGAAAGAGCUUCUUUUGUUAAAGUGUUGUUGAAGUUAAUUGAUCGUGGUCAAUACAGCAAAAAUGAAUCUCUUGCGGAGACUGUUGCUGCAGCAACAUCUGUUUUAUCAUAUGUAGAGCCCUCUUUGGUGCUGCCAUUUAUAGCAUCUCGAUUCCACAUGGCCUUGGAGACAAUGACAGCAACUCAUCAGUUGAAGACUGCAGUCACAUCAGUAGCAUUUGCUGGGCGCGCACUGUUUCUUGCAUCUUUUUCAUCUUCUUCGUCAAAAACAGAUGAUCUUGGUAAUAUUGAUAUGUUCACUGAUCUUCUACCGAUUUCAUUAUCCAAUGCCUUGCUUGGUAUGGAUGCUAAUGAUCCCCCGAAGACCUUGGCAACCAUGCAAUUGAUAGGUUCUGUAUUUUCCAAUAUAUAUUCGCUGGAUGAUAAUGAAAAUGGGUCAUCAUUUAUGUCAACGAUCAGCUUUUCUGAUUGGCUUGAUGAGUUUUUGUGUCGUCUGUUUUCUUUACUUAUGCACUUGGAGCCAGGCACUGUUCUAACUGAAGGCAUGCAGACAUCGGCAACAUCAGGAACCUUCUUGGUUGAAGAUGGCCCCUCCUACUUUUGCAUGCUAGAAAUCUUACUUGGAAAACUUUCAAAGCCUUUAUAUAAUCAGGCUUUAAAGAAAAUUUCUAAGUUUGUGAAGACAAAUAUUCUUCCUGGAGCUAUUUCAGAGGUUGGACUUCUUUGUUGUGCUUGUGUUCAUGCGAACCCAGAAGAGGCAGCUAUUCACCUUAUUGAACCAAUAUUGGUGUCAAUCAUAUCCUCUUUAAAAGGAACACCUGUUACAGGUUUUGGUGGAACAGGAAUUUCUGAUGCCUCAGUUUCGACCAAGGCAAAACCUACACUUUCUCCAGCUCUGGAAACUGCUGUUGAUUAUCAAUUAAAAAUAUUGUCAGUUGCCAUCAGUUAUGGAGGUCAGGUGCUUCUUCGAUACAAGGAUCAACUGAAAGAAGCAAUUGUGUCUGCUUUUGAAGCACCAUCUUGGAAGGUUAAUGGAGCUGGUGAUCAUGUUCUGCGGUCCCUCCUUGGAAGCCUGAUCCUUUAUUACCCAAUUGACCAGUAUAAGUGCAUUUCACGUCAUCCUGAUGCUGCCAUUUUAGAAGAAUGGAUCAGCACUAAAGGUUAUCAGAAUGAAGAACAGCUAUUGAGCCCCCAGUGGCAUGUCCCCAGUGAUGAUGAAAUAUUGUUUGCAAAUGAACUCUUAAACCUGCAUUUUCAAUCAGCUUUAGAUGAUCUUCUUCAAAUAUGUCAGGCCAAAAUUCAUUCUGAUCCAGGAAAUGAAAAAGAGCAUUUGAAGGUGACUCUUCUACGUAUUGAUUCUUCACUGCAAGGUGUUGUGUCUUGCUUGCCUGAUUUCUGCCCAUCAUUUAGGGAUGGGGGGAUUGAAGAUCUAGGUUGUAGUUCUUUCUUAAUUGCUGGAGCCUCAGGCUCAACUAUUGGCAGCUCUGAACUUCGGGAGAAAGCUGCUGAGAUAAUACAUGUGACUUGCAAAUACUUAUUGGAGGAAAGAUCAGACGAUAGCAUUCUUUUGAUACUCCUUAUCCGUAUAAUGGAUGCUUUGGGGAAUUAUGGAAGCUUGGAAUAUGAUGAAUGGUCAAAUCAUAGGCAAGCCUGGAAAUUGGAAUCUGCUGCCAUUAUAGAGCCACCGACAAAUUUUAUUGUUUCAUCACAUUCUCAAGGAAAGAGAAGGCCAAGAUGGGCACUUAUUGACAAGACAUACAUGCAUAAUACAUGGAGAUCAUCACAAGCAUCAUAUCAUCUGUAUCGUACAAGAGGGAAUAUAUCUCCAUCAGAUCAUGUGGUUCUUCUGAUGGAUGAUCUUCUGACUCUCUCAUUGCAUAGCUAUGAAACUGUCCGGAUAUUUGCCGGGAAAUCUCUCCUAAAGAUUCUCAAGCGUUGGCCAUCUUUGAUCUCAAAGUGUGUUCUCACCCUUAUUGAGAGCUUACGCAAUCCAAGCUCACCGGAACAUGCAGUAUUGGGUUCUUGUUCAAUCCUGGCCACACAAACUGUUCUCAAGCAUUUGACAAUGGAUGCAAAGGCCUUCUCCUCAUUUCUUCUAGGUAUCCUUGCAAGCUCCCAUCAUGAAUCACUGAAAUCUCAGAAAUCAAUCAAUGAGCUUUUUGUCAAAUACAACAUCCAUUUUGCUGGAGUUUCCAGGAGCAUUUUUAGGACACCAGACAUUCAUUCAAAUGAACCAAACUUUGCAGAUUUGGUUUCUCAGAUUGUUUCAAUGAGCUUUGACACCACUGGCUUGCAUUGGCGGUACAAUCUGAUGGCCAACAGAGUAUUGUUAUUGUUAACUAUGGCUUCUAGAAGUGAUGCAAAUCUGUCAUCAAAAAUCCCGAGUGAAACUGCUGGUCACUUCUUAAAAAAUCUAAAGAGUCAGCUUCCACAGACUCGGAUACUUGCAAUCUCAGCUCUGAAUACCUUAUUGAAAGAAUCACCAUACAAACUGGCUGCUACAGAAGUGCAUCAUUCUUCAAAGGGAAAUAAUAAAUCUUCCCUUGAAGAGGCUUUGAGUCAAAUAUUUCAGGAAGAGGGAUUUUUUUAUGAUACAUUGAACAGUCUUUCUCAUGUCCACAUAAUCAAUGAUGCUGAAAGUUCAUCCUCACGAGGAAAUCAUGGAACUUCCUUCCAAAGCCUAGCAGAUAAAUCGAUCACCCGUUUCUACUUUGAGUUUACAGCUUUAUGGCCUCGGACUCCUAGUUGGAUCUCUUUAUUUGGAAGUGAUACUUUUUACUCAAACUUUGCACGGAUUUUUAAACGGUUGAUUCAAGAAUGUGGCAUGCCAGUUUUAUUAGCGCUCAAAACUUCGCUGGAGGAGUUUUCAAAUUCUACAGAGAGGUCAAAGCAAUGUGUUGCUGCUGAAGCAUUGGCUGGAGUAUUGCAUUCUGAUAUCAAUGGACUUUUGGAAGCAUGGGACAGUUGGAUAAUGAUCCAACUGCAGAAGAUCAUUCAAGCACCAUCUGUGGAAUCUCUUCCUGAGUGGGCAGCUUGCAUACGUUAUGCAGUUACUGGAAAAGGAAAAUAUGGAACAGGAAUUCCACUUCUAAGGCAAAAGAUCAUGGAUUGCUUAAUGAGUCCUUUGCCUCAAAUGGUAGCUACCAAUGUAGUUGCUAAGCGGUAUGCUUUCCUAUCAGCUGUUCUAAUAGAAAUCUCCCCUCCAAGGAUGCCAGUGGCUGAAGUCGAGUUUCAUGAUAAACUUUUGGAGGAGUUGCUUAACAAUAUGAGCCAUUCAUCUGCACAAGUAAGAGAAGCUAUUGGAGUUGCACUUUCUGUGUUAUGCUCUAACAUUCGCCUUUGUGAAUCCUUUACACCUCUUCAGACUCAUGAAGAGGCAAAAAAUAAUGUGGAUAACUCACCUAAAAGGGAAAGUUGGCAUAAGCUUCUAACAGAAAAAGCAUCUGAAGUGGCUGUAAACAUCCAGAAUGCCAGUCAGUUUGACAAUUUGGAAAACUCAAUAGAGAUAACUUAUGAAAAUGGAAUUUCAAAUGACGAUUCAUGGGAAGACAUAAAGUGGAUGGAAACGAUGUUCCAUUUUGUUAUCUCAUCUUUGAAGUCUGGAAGGUCUUCUUGUUUAUUAGACAUAAUUGUGGGUCUUCUUUAUCCUAUUCUUUCUUUAAAGGAAACAUCGAAUAAAGACUUGUCAACAUUAGCAAAGGCAGCUUUUGAGUUACUGAAAUGGAGGAUUUUCCCUGAACCCCAUCUCCAAAAAGUUGUAGCAGUUAUCCUUUCUUCAGCCAAUGAUCCCAACUGGAGAACUAGAUCUGCAACUCUGACAUAUUUACGAACUUUCAUGUAUAGGCACACUUAUAAUUUGUCUAGUGAGGAUAAGCGCCAAAUUUGGAAAACUAUUGAGAAGCUACUUGUAGACAACCAAGUUGAGGUGAGGGAGCAUGCUGCUGGAGUGCUUGCAGGCUUAAUGAAAGGUGGAGAUGAAGACCUAGCCAGGGACUUCCGUGAUAGAGCAUUCAUAGAGGCACUUUCCAUUCAAAAGCGACGGAAAAGAAAUUUGAGCUCUGGUCAGUCCACAGCUUCUAUACAUGGUGCAGUCCUUGCUUUGGCGGCUUCUGUAUUGUCUGUGCCUUAUGACAUGCCCAGUUGGCUGCCUGAUCAUGUAACCUUGCUGGCCCGUUUUAUUGGGGAACCAUCACCUGUGAAGUCAACAGUUACGAAGGCAGUUGCAGAGUUCCGGAGAACCCAUGCAGAUACAUGGAAUUUUCAGAAAGAUUUUUUUAGUGAAGAGCAACUUGAGGUUUUGGCCGACACUUCCUCUUCAUCUUCAUAUUUUGCUUGAUUGCAUCACAUCCGCCAAAAAAAAGAGAAAUAAUGG